AGGCAGGCGGGCGAAGAAGAACAUGGUCGAUGGAAAUCUACAGAAUGAACUCGAUUUGAUAUUUGGGAGUCUGGUGUGUUAUAAGGUGUCAUUAAGGUGAGCGGCAUCCUGUAAAAAGAGAUUUUCCCCAUCAUGUCGCUGUCAGUGAUAAUAAAGUGGGGAGGACAGGAGUACUCCAUCAGCGCUUUGUCCGAAGACGACACCGUGCUGGACCUGAAACAGUCCAUUAAAUCUCUCACGGGAGUCCUGCCCGAACGCCAGAAACUGCUGGGUUUAAAGAUCAGAGGUAAACCGGCUGACGACGGCACGAAGCUCGGCCUGCUGAAGCUUAAACCCAACACCAAGAUUAUGAUGAUGGGCAGCAGAGAGGAAAGUCUGGAAGACAUCCUGGCUCCUCCUCCUGAAAGCGAUGAUGUCAUCAACGACUUUGACAUCGAAGAGGAGGUGAUCGAGGUGGAAAACCGAGAGGAGAAUCUGGCUAAGAUCGCACGCCGUGUCAAAGAGUACAAGGUGGAGGAGUUAAACCCACCCAGAGAGGGGAAGAGAUUACUCGUGUUAGACGUCGAUUACACGCUGUUCGACCACAAGUCGUGUGCCGAGACGGGGCAAGAGCUCAUGAGGCCGUUCCUCCACGAGUUCCUCGCGUCCGCGUACGAAGACUACGACAUCGUCAUCUGGUCUGCAACAAGCAUGAAGUGGAUCGAUGCCAAAAUGAAGGAGCUGGGUGUGUCGGAUAACUCUAACUACAAGAUCACCUUCAUGCUGGAUAGUGGAGCCAUGAUCACAGUUCACACACCUAAAAGAGGCGUGGUGGAGGUGAAGCCGCUCGGAGUGAUCUGGGGAAAGUACGGCGAGUUUUACAACCGAAAGAACACCAUCAUGUUCGACGACAUCGGGAGGAACUUUCUCAUGAACCCACAAAAUGGACUGAAGAUUAGACCGUUCAUGAAGGCGCACUUAAACCGAGAGAGAGACAAGGAGCUUCUCAAACUGUCUCACUACCUGAAGGAGAUCGCCAAGCUGGACGACUUUUCAGCUCUCAACCACAAGCACUGGGAAAGGUACCUCUCAAAGAAGCAGAGCCAGUGAAGUAGCUGGAGAGUUCAUCCUCAAGAACACGUGAUGCUGGAUACCUGCAAGGUGUCACCAAAUAACUUCCUGCCAUCUCUCUCUCUCUCCCUCUCUCUCUCUCCCUCCCUCUCUCUCCCUCCCUCCCUCCCUCUCUCUGUCUCUCUCUCCCUCCCUCCCUCUCUCUGUCUCUCUCUCUCCCUCCCUCCCUCUGUGUCUCUCUCUCUCUCUCUCUCUCUCUCUCUCUCUCUCUCUCUCUCUCUCUCUCUCUCUCUCUCUCUCUCUCAUGCUCGAACCAUCUCAGAAGGGAAAAGGACUUGAAACACUCACCUUUACAGUUACACAGGUGUGCUGAAUAAACGAGCAGAAACACUCCUCACUCUGAGCCACUGAACAGAACCGUCUCGGAAAAGGGUACAUUUAAUAAAUAAUAAAGUCUUGCUCGGUGCAAGUAGAGUUACUUCCACAAACCCACAAAUAUUCUUUGCACUUGUUCAUAUUUUUGAGAAAAUGUCUCUUAUUAUUGUGACGUUUCUUUUACGUGUUUAAGAAGCGGCGUGUGCUUUUUUUGUGUAAUGGCCUGGGAAAAGCUUUUUACACGGUCACGGGUGACAUUUAAACAUCUCCGACGAAACGGAAAACGUGACAGAAAAUUAAAGAACACGACGAGGAGAAAACGGAAAACACGACGACAAAAAAGACGAGGAGAAAAAAAAAACACAGAAACUCUAAAGCGUGACCACGACAAAACGGAAAACACGGCGACAUCAAAACGGGAAACACCAC